AUGGUGUCCAUACCCUUUGCAGUGGUAACAUUUCGCGUUGUAUUUGCGACAAAUGUGGUGUUGGAAUCUUAUCUCAAGGCAGCAGGCGCAUCUAUGUUCUCCUUUCAGUAUCGUUCUGCGUACCGAGCUUUCCUUGUAAAUCUCACAAGAGUCGCUAUGAUGUUCUCCGAUUCCCUGGCAAAAAACACAGCAAAUCGUUCUCUCGUCCCAGCGUCUUAUGACCCCUCGACUGAAGUCCCUGGGUUCACAUUUGGGUUCUCUUUUGAGUUCAGCGAUGAGAUUGUCGAGUUCCUCAAUUUCUGCGUAAGCGUCGAAGAUUUCUCUAUCUAUUUGGCGCCUGCGCUGCCAAAUCACGGCCUCGUACUCUUCUCCAUCGUCCACUGCGACAUUUUCUAUAAAUUCGGCAUUCUGCUGGAUAACCUCCGCUUCCUCAGGGGGGUCCGGCCCUGGCUGAAGCACCUCAGUGCCCUCCCCCUCGCCGCCGCUAUCGUCUCCAGCUCCGUCUAUGGCGUCUUCCGAGGCUGCCGGUGGGGACGGUUUCCCAAUGGCGUCGGUAACUGCGUUGCGCACGCGGUCUAUGCCCGAAGCGAUGAGUUCUUGAAGUUUCGACGUCUCGUUUUGAACAAUCGCUUUCAAAUCCUCGAGACAGUUCUGGCCGUUGCCUGGAAGAAUGCUUUGGAAUCCAACUUUCAAUGA